GAGCCGGCGCGGGGCUUUGGGGACGAGGAGGAGAGGCGCUGCGACCCCAUCCGCAUCACCAUGUGCCAGAACCUCGGCUACAACGUGACCAAGAUGCCCAACCUGGUGGGGCACGAGCUGCAGACGGACGCCGAGCUGCAGCUGACAACUUUCACGCCGCUCAUCCAGUACGGCUGCUCCAGCCAGCUGCAGUUCUUCCUUUGUUCGGUGUAUGUGCCCAUGUGCACAGAGAAGAUCAACAUCCCCAUUGGCCCAUGCGGUGGCAUGUGCCUUUCCGUCAAGAGACGCUGUGAACCAGUCCUUAAGGAAUUUGGAUUUGCCUGGCCGGAGAGCCUGAACUGCAGCAAAUUCCCACCCCAAAACGACCACAAUCACAUGUGCAUGGAAGGGCCGGGUGAUGAAGAGGUGCCCUUACCGCACAAAACCCCCAUCCAGCCGGGGGAAGAGUGCCACUCCGUGGGAACCAAUUCGGAUCAGUACAUCUGGGUGAAAAGGAGCCUGAACUGCGUUCUCAAGUGUGGCUAUGACGCCGGCUUAUACAGCCGCUCAGCCAAGGAGUUCACCGAUAUCUGGAUGGCCGUGUGGGCCAGCCUGUGCUUCAUCUCCACCGCCUUCACAGUCCUGACCUUCCUGAUCGAUUCCUCUCGCUUUUCCUACCCUGAGCGCCCCAUCAUAUUUCUCAGCAUGUGCUAUAAUAUUUAUAGCAUUGCUUAUAUUGUCAGGCUGACUGUGGGCCGGGAAAGGAUAUCCUGCGAUUUUGAAGAGGCAGCAGAGCCUGUUCUCAUCCAAGAAGGACUUAAGAAUACAGGAUGUGCAAUCAUUUUCUUGCUGAUGUACUUUUUUGGAAUGGCUAGCUCCAUCUGGUGGGUUAUCCUGACGCUCACUUGGUUUUUGGCAGCCGGACUCAAAUGGGGUCACGAAGCCAUUGAGAUGCACAGCUCUUAUUUCCACAUCGCUGCCUGGGCCAUCCCUGCAGUGAAAACCAUUGUCAUCUUGAUCAUGAGACUGGUGGAUGCGGAUGAACUGACCGGCCUGUGUUACGUUGGGAACCAGAACCUGGACGCCCUCACUGGCUUCGUGGUGGCUCCCCUCUUCACCUACUUGGUGAUCGGGACGUUAUUCAUCGCCGCUGGGUUGGUGGCCUUGUUCAAAAUCCGCUCCAACCUGCAAAAGGAUGGGACAAAGACGGACAAGUUGGAAAGGCUGAUGGUCAAAAUCGGAGUCUUCUCCGUGCUGUACACGGUCCCCGCCACCUGUGUGAUUGCCUGUUAUUUCUAUGAAAUCUCCAACUGGGCCAUCUUCCGGUAUUCUGCGGACGACUCCAAUAUGGCGGUUGAAAUGUUAAAGAUUUUCAUGUCUCUGCUGGUAGGCAUCACUUCAGGCAUGUGGAUUUGGUCAGCCAAGACUUUUCACACAUGGCAGAAGUGCUCCAACAGAUUGGUGAACUCUGGGAAGGUAAAGCGAGAGAAGAGAGGGAAUGGUUGGGUGAAGUCCGGGAAAGGCAAUGAAACCGUGGUAUAAAGCCCGCCAGCCUCCACAGGGCCCUCGUUUCCGAAGGGGGGUGGGGACAUGAGCAUUUCACUGGAAAUGCUGCUCAAAACUGUAUGCAAUAAAUCUCAGUUUGAACAAACAAGUAACACUGCAGCGAGCCCCCUCCCCAGUCCAGUCCCCCACCCCCUCCCCCCAAACACACCCUUCAGCAUCCUAAAACUAAUGCUUUUGCUGCAGACUCUGGGAAGAUCCAAACAGAAGAGCCAGUCACAAGGCGUUCAAAGCUGUGAAAACAAAGAAAAAUCAAACUUGACCACUUUAGCAGGUUGCAGCUUGGCAUGUGGAGGUCCUGCCUAGAUCCCAGGCAGCCCAGGAUGAGGCUGCAUUUCCUUGCAAGGGUGGGAUUUGAUCCCAUAAUUGGAAACCUGCAGGGAGAAAGAAUAGCUUGGGGGUUUUUUGAACCCUGUUGAGAUUUAAAUGCAAGCUGGGUCUUUCAAAUAGCAAAGCAAUCUAUAAACACUGGAAACGCUGGGUUCAGAGAAGUGUUACAUGAGUUUUGUGUUUGGCUGGUCUAACGUAAACAUCUUCAGCCACGCGGUGUCUGCUGUUGACAGUGGGGUGGCUGGCUCUCCCCAGAGCGGGUGUCAGAAUCCGUCAGUGCCUUUGUCAUAAAGCAGAUUUGUUGGAACAAACGAGCACUGUACAAACACACCUAAGGUAUCCAGUGGGGUUUUCUUCUUUCUCUC